AUGCUGGAGGACCUUGACAAGGCAACACUUAUUGACUUAGGUGUCAACACCAUUGGUGACCAGGUACGUACGUUCGGUAUAAAAACUGUUGAUGCCCUUGGCUUCUUCGAAGAUACUUGUGGCCUGUUUCCUGAGAAA